CGAUAACCAACUUUUCAGAAUGCAGACGGAUGAGUUUGCGUGCGACGUCGUGUUGUCAAAAAACAAAAUCAACGGAGCUAAAAACCGGUUUUUAUUCUGACACUCGAGUCCUAAAAUCUAUUCUCAAGCAGAGGUUUUGAAACGAAACAAAAGUCUCUUUUGUAAACUGAAAAUCUCGCUUCUUUUCUACUUCUCGUUUUAGCUUUAAGUCAACAGGAUGUGCGCCAAAACCACAAUAGUGUCAAAUGAGCUGAGCGCCUGUUUCAGCACGUUGAAGCAGCUCCGACACAUCUAAACUCGCAGCUGCUCCAACGUUUACAUCACAUUAUAGAAAGGUUUUUUUUUUUCCUCAGGAGAACACCCAGUUCACUCUUUUUCUCCUUUUUCUUCUUCUUUUUCUUUUUUUUUCUUUACUUUGGUCUUUCAUGACUCGUGAAAUGUGGGCCAAGUAAACAGGGGUGGGCUGUUACAAGAGAGGAACAGGAAGAAUAGAAACGAGAGCGAGGGAAGGUAGAAAGACACACUGAGGUGUUUUCGACCACACGAAGGGAUGAGCCGGACGAGCGGUGACUUCAAGAGAUGAUGUUUUAAGAGUUUAAAGUCCAGAACAAACGGGUUUGACAGAGAGAAGAAUGGACUCGGCAGCAGCUAAAGUUGAAAUAGCCGAGGAGGAGCUGCUGGAGCCUCUUAUCAUCACAGAGGAUGGAGAUAUAAGCCAGGCUGUCCCCGACGGAGAGGCGACGACAGGCGGCCGCGAGGAGGAGCCUGCCCUCGGAGAGAAAGAGGAACCCUCGGGAGAGGACCAGAAUAAAGAAGCUGCAGAGAGCGAAAUGUAUUUGGGGGAGCAAAGAUGGGGACAGAACACAGAAGAUAAAGGACAGGAUAUUAGUGAAAGUGAGGAGAAAUCACACGAAGAGGUGAUUAAAGAAAACCCCAGUGAAGCAGAAGAAGAAACAGUCGUACAAGAAGAAGAACGAGUGGAAAUAAGGAGGUUGAACUCCUCCAAGCAGCAGCCGAACGGGGCAGAAAAACAAGUGGAAGAUGCAACAAAGGCUCACCGGUUAACCCCCGACUUCCCGGAGGCGCUGUUCGAUCUGCUCUGCACCUUCCAGGAGGGCAGACGGCUCAACGAUCAGCGCUGCUCCUUCAGGCUGGAGGAGGGAAUGAGGAGGAGGAGGUGCCACUCGGAGCCCAACACCAGAAAACCGGCCAACAGAGUGGUUUUCUCCUCCAUGACUUCGCUGCAGAAGGAGGAGUUUUUUGACCUGGUGGCCACCGCACAGGCCCGCCGACUGGACGACCAGAGGGCGCAGCUGGGGAGGUCCGCGCCCUCCAAAGCUAAGUCCAGAAGCCUGAGAGGCAGCCUGAGGCAGCUCUCUAUCGUGAGAAAGCCCGACCCGGCUCCUGCUCCUCCUGCUCCUGUACCCAAAGAGGAGCUGUACAAUAUGAUUCUCACAACACAAGCUCAGGGCCGGCUGGAGGACCAGCGCAGCAGGGCUCCUGGUCCCAUGGACGACGAGGACUUCUUCUCCCUGCUGCUGAGGGUGCAGGGGGGCCGCAUGGACGAGCAGAGGACUGAACUGCCGUGCUUGCUGCAAAUCUGAGAUGGAAAAUCAGAAACCCAACCAGUAUUGUAGUCGUUUUGCUUUCAUGAAAUUUUGUUCAACCUGAUGUUCCUUUUUUUUGUUUGUUUGUUUGUUUUUAAGGAAAUUGGACACCCCUCCUGUGUGACAGUGUUAAAAUACUGUAGCACAAACGCUAACGUUUGAGCAGCAGAGCUUUUAAUGUGACUUUAGGACUAUUCUCGAUAAAACAAGUUUACUUUUAUUUAGUUUUUUUUUUGUUUUUUGUUUUUCCUAACAAAUCAGAUCAGUAGAUAUGCGUUCUUGCUUGAAGAUGUUUUUUUUCUGAAUGUUUGCAGUGAGUUCCUGUAAUGGCUGCUGUGUGUCUUUGAUGUGGAGGAGGCAGUCUACUGAUCUCUGUUCUCCUUAUUUGUACAGUAAAGUGAUCAAACAUGUGGGGGCUGCUGAUGAGGAGAUGUUGUAGCUUCAAAUCUGUUUGAACUCUGUCUUUUAGAAUAAACUAAAUGUGUAUUUAAGCUA